AUGAGUUUUUAUCUUAUAUUAACUUUUUUAUAGGAUAAUUAUUUAUUGAUACCUAAAAAUACUUUACCACAUGGAGCAGUAAUAAAAUUUAAGAUUAAAUACUAUAUUAAAUAUAAAGCAACUUAAUCAUUAGCCUCUUCUGAUUUCAUUGAUGUCUUAAUUCCUAUUAGAGAAAUUAAAAGUAUUUUAUCUCUCAAAAUACUUAAUACUAAUAACCUUAACACAGCAAUAAAAAAUGGAUAAAGUUUUGGAUAUUUAGACAAGGUUGGAAUCUUAGAUACAUAUUUUAAAUUUUACUUAUAUCAGGGCAUUGCUGAUUUUUAAAGACAAUAUUCAUUUGUUCGAAUGAUUAAUUUUACUAGUUGUAGCCUCAGUAUCAUUUGUUAGCCAAAAUCUUCUAAAUCCUUCCAAAACUGA